AUGAUUCCGAACACUGCCACACAUGACAAUGCAUGUGAGGACGACCAUCCAUCAUCAGGCGAUGAAAAACUACGUAUUCACGAGUCCAUUCUUUCUGAAGGACAACCUCACACCGAGCUGAACAAUUCAUCCGUGAAUUCUAUUGGCUCCUCCAGAAUGACAAGCCCAAGAAGUCAACCAUCCUCUCCGUUCCAAUAUUCCAUAAUUAAACCGUUAGGCAAGGGAGCAAGUGGAAAUGUGGUUCUUGCAGUGAUGAAUCAAAAGGAAGUGGCCAUUAAACAAAUUAUGUGUCGGAAUGAACGUGAUUUAAAUGUUGCCAUGAAGGAAGCUUGGCCUUUGCGAAAUUUGAGUCAUGAAAAUUUAUGUUCUAUUGAUGAUGUUUUUGUUGAGAAAAUUCUGUUAAAUGGUGUUGAAUGCUUUAAUGUAAAUUUAGUAAUGAAAUAUUUCAAAGAAGGAGAUUUUAGCAUGUUUUUAAAACGGAGAUGUACCAAAGAUGGCAAACAAUUUCUCACACAAGAAGAGGCUCUGUCAUUUAUGAAACAAAUGGCAAGUGGUCUUCAUUACUUGCAUUCCAAAAAUUUAAUGCAUAGAGAUUUGAAGCCACAAAAUAUAUUUGUUUCGAAAGAACAAGAACUCAAAAUUGGAGAUUUUGGAUUAAUGAAAGAAAUGCAAAAUUCAUUUACUUACACUGUGACUGGUACUUUGAAAUAUUUAGCUCCAGAAAUUUUGAAUCAACAACCUUAUACCUACAGUGCUGACAUUUUCUCAUUGGGAUGUAUUUAUUUCGAAAUGUGCACAUUAUUACUAAACAACAGAACUCUCAACGUUGAAGUAUUCAGAAAUAAGAAUUUUAGUGAAGAUUUACUUAAUCAAUUGAAUAUGCAAUUUUCACAUGUCGUUUCACCUGACAUGGCACGACUCAUUACCAAAAUGCUUGACAUUGAUCCCAAAAAGAGACCUUCUUCAGAAUUGCUUGUGACCAUUCUCGAAGAACUCACGAAAGGUCAUUCAUGGAAUUUUUCAGAAUUUUCAAUAAUUUCACAUCAUCAUCAAAAACAACAACAACAAGAAUACGAUUCCAUCUUCUCCAGUGAUGAUGUUGUGAACAAGAAACAGUUGACUCAAUCUCCUCACCAACGGUCUCGACGAGUAGCCUUGGCAAUAUCUAAAAUCGCUUUAACACCUUUACAAAAAUUAUUAUAUGGAGCUGGUGUGAGUCAUCUGUUGAUGGAACCAACCAUUUAUGCUGACUAUGAUGGAGCUGAAAGUAAUUUAGCCAAAUAUGGAAUUGAUAUGGAAUCCAUGAGCAAGCGAUGUUGGUUACUCAUUCUCACCUCUCCCUCUAUUCAUUGUUUACCAUUAUUUCCACAUCAUGAUCCUACAAAGAAAACAAAGGAAUGUUUUAUAGAUGUCACCUUAAUGACCUACUCGUGGUAUACGACACCUCAAUCCAUGUUGAAAAAGUGUUUCGAGUUGGUUCAUGAUCUUCCUGAACAAUUCUUUGAGGAGUCUUUAUGGAAGAAUUGUAGUGAUCCUUAUGAUACACAGAAGAAGGAGGAGGAGGAGGAAUUUAAUUUCACAUCAUCAGCAUCAUCAACAACAAAUACAGUAUUAUGGUUUGAAAAUGACUAUCAAUUGGAGAAUGAAACAUUUCCCUAUUGGAGGUAUUGCCGAUCACUUGGUGAAUACCGACUAUUCUCAUUGAUUGAGUUUUUGGUGAAGUGGUUAAAGAAUCGAAUUUCAGAAUGGACCAGUAACAUGUUUGAAUUUUUACAAUACCUCUCGAAAGAAGCCUAUGAAAAAAGAGGAUAUCUCUCCAUGGCUGAUUCUAUCUUCUCGAUCUGUUCACAGGCACAAAGUUUUCAAUUGAAUCGUAGUGAAAUUCCAUUUCAAGUCGAUGCAUUAAUCUUUGAAGCUUGUGAAAACUUUCGAUUGGAACAAUUGAACAAACUCAAAGAAGAAUAUGGAAGUAAAGAAACACCCGACGACGUCAUGUUUGAGAAAUUGAACACUCCUGAAAAGAAAAGACUCUCAGUUCCUGUUCCAAGAGUCAGACUGUCUCAAAAAAUUAUUGCUCCACGUCCAAUCAUUUCUGGAACCAUGUUUUUAAGUGGAUUUACUUGGCAAGCGGUGGACACUGUUGAAUUAGCUCGUCAGUUGACUCUUCGAGAUUAUGACUAUUUUAAGGUAAUUUCGAUUGAAGAAUUUGAAUGGUGGGAGAAAAAAAAGACGUUGCAUGCCAAUUCUAGAGAAUGCCACAAAGUGUUGGAAAUGAAACGAAUUUCAGAUUUGACAACAUCCAUGUUUGUUUCCUCAAUAUUAAGUCAAGUCUAUUUGAAGAAUAGAAAAAAGACACUUUCAAAAUUAUUAGAGUUGUGUGUGGAAUUAUUCUCUUUGAACAACUAUUUUGGAGUGAAUUACUUAUUGAAUGCCAUUCAUCAUCCAAGUAUUGAUCGAUUAGAAUUUACUAAAAAGGAAAUUGAUCAAAAGAAAUGGACACAGUAUGAAAAAGUUUUUAGGUCCAUGAAAUAUGAGUAUUUAAAACUCUCUAUUCUUGCAGUGAGAAAUGAGACGUUUUUCAUUCCACACAUUGAUACUCAUGUGAACGAAGUGAUUUUAUUGAACGACCAAAUGCAAGAAAUUAUCACUCUCUCAAAAAGUAGCAAUGAUGAUGAUGACCAUUUGGAUCCUUUGAAUCAUCAUGGGAAUGAGCAGUAUGUAAAUUGGAAAAAGAUGAGAUUGAAGAGGCUCAUUCAAAGCCCACUCUAUGUAAAAAACAUUUCAUGUCGAUUUCAGAAAGUAUUCCAAAUUCAGCAAUUAUUAAGAAAGGACAAGUUGGAACAGUUUGAUUAUCCCAUGGAACAAUUUAUGAAGGACAGCUUUGCAAGAGAAGGUCUAAAUUGCAAACGAUCCGAAGUGUUGUGA